AUGAGCAGCUCUUCUUCGUCCUCCGAGGAGUACGAGCUGGCGACGUACGAGGAAAACGACAAGCCGGCGCACAAAAACAACAAGCAAGUGUCGGACGACGAUGAGGGCGAAAAUGAGGACGAAAUGGGCAGGGCGGCCCUCUACGAGGACGACCAGGAGAUGGCGAUCGUGAGCAAGUACGCCAAGGUCAACCAGCCGUGCCCGUUCUCGCAGCACCCGCCCAAGCAUCACAUCAAUCUCGAGUGGCGCAACAUCAACUACAAGGUGGUGUUCCCCAUGCCGCCCAGCAACCUCUUCGUCAAGCUCCUCCUCAAGCUCCCCAUCCCCGACAUGAUACUCAAUCUCUUCAAGAAGAAGAUGGAGAUGCCGAUUCUCAACAACGUCUCCGGCAGCGUUCGUUCGGGCGAGCUCAUUGCCAUCAUGGGGCCGACCGGGUCGGGCAAGACCACGCUGCUCAACGUGCUCGCGCGGCGCAUCAAGCUCAACGUCACCGGCGACAUCCUCGUCAACGGCGAGCCGCUCAAGCGACGCAUGGCCUACGUGCUGCAGGACGACAUCUUCUUCCCCAACCUCACGGUGCGCGACACCAUCUCGUACACGGCCUACCUCAAGCUGCCCAAGUCCCUCUCCUGGAAGGAGAAGCGCGAGAAGGUGGACGAGAUCCUCACCGAGCUGGGCAUCCAGCGGUGUUCCAACACCAUCGUGGGCGGCGGCUGGGUGCGUGGUGUCUCCGGCGGAGAGCGCAAGCGAACCAACAUCGCCAACGAGCUGGUGGCCAACCCGUCCCUCAUCUUUCUCGAUGAGCCCACCUCCGGCCUCGACUCUUCGACGUCGCUCGGGCUGAUCGUCUCCAUGAAGAAUCUGGCCAAGAGCGGCCACACCGUGGUGAGCACCAUCCACCAGCCCUCCUCCUCCAUGUUCCUCAUGUUCGAUCACGUUCUCCUCCUGGCCGAAGGCGGCUUCGUGGUCUAUUCCGGCACCGCGUCCGGUGUGCUCUCCUACUUUGCCAAGCUGGGCCUCCACGCCCCGCCCCAUUACAACCCCGCCGACUUCAUGUUGGAGGUGGUGACGGCGAAUGAGACGGUCAAGGACGGCAAGUCGGUGAAACAGAUGCUGAUCGAUACCUAUGCCGAGAACCAGAAGACGAUCGAGGGCAAGCGACCACCGAUCACCAUCGGCGACGAGGAGCGCAGCGCCGUGCACGACAUCAAGAAGGGUCCCAAGUACAACACGUCCUUCCACGCCCAGAUGUUGGUCAUGGCCAUGCGCGCCUUCAAGCAGCGAAGGGGCGACAUCCUCAACUGGAUGCAGACCUUCACCAUCGUCGCCAUCGCUAUCCUCUCGGGCCUGCUCUGGUUCCAGAUGGACAUGAAGGAAAGCGCCCUGGGCGACAGGACCGGUUUCUUGUUCUUCACGACCAUGUUCUGGAUCAUGCAGCCCUGGUUCAACGCCCUCUACUCCUGUACGCACCCCUUCAUCCCGCCCGAACGCGCGGUGCUGACGAAGGAGCGGGCCGGGGGCAACUACCGGCUGUCGGCCUACUUCCUGGGCAAGACCGUGGCCGAGACCCCGCUCGAGCUGGUCCUCCCGUUCAUCUCCUCCGUCAUCUCCUACUGGAUGGUGGGCCUCUCCGACUACUUCCCGAACUUCAUCUUCUACGUGGUGCUCGUGUGGCUCUUCACCCUCAUGGGCGGAUCGAUCGGCCUCUUCAUCAGCGCCACGGUGCUCGACGUCAAGAAGGCCCUCACCCUCACCGUCAUCGUCGUGCUCGGGUCUGUGCUGCUGGGCGGCUUCUUCAUCUCGGCCGAGAACCUGCCGGUGUGGAUCGCGUGGGCGCGGUGGAUCUCGUUCAUGAAGUACGCCUACGAGGCCGUGCUCAUCAACGAGUUCGACCUCUCGCAGGGCCAGACCUUCACCCCGUCCAACCCCUCGGCCUACACCGAGAUCACCGACCCCGCCACCCAGCGCAUCACUGGUUCGAUGAUUCUGGACAAGUACGACGUGGAAACGAACAUCUGGGGAGACAUCAUCUUUUUGGUGGGCGUCAUCCUGGUGUGCCGCACGCUGGCCUACCUCUCCCUCCGCUUCCUCAACAAACCGCGCAUGUAA